GCGGGUAACAACCACAACAAACAUUGCCGCUGCUGCUCCUCCCUCAGCCCAUGAGUGUGCCUUCCCCUGCUGCCUGACGGGUGAGAAUGCCGUGUUUUAAAGCUUAACGAACCCAAACCAAGCUGGGGAAGGCGUCCAGGUGAGAUCCUGUAAGAUGUCUAAGCCACCGGGCCCUUCUGGGAGUCCUCAGGAGCUGGACCAGGUACUCUUCAGCUCACUGCUGAUUCUCGGUCUUGACAUCGCUGCUCUCGAACACAAAUUCAAAGCUCCAGUCAUUCUGAAGUCGUUUUCCCGCAUAGACAAAAGGCUCGGAGAUGAAAUCCUACAUUUCCUAUUCGUCUGCCUGGACCGUGAGAAGGCAGCCAAGAUCUUCCGUGACUGCUGGCCGUUGCUGGACAAGAAGCAUGAAGCACAGUUCCAUAAAGCUACAUUUGAGUGGUACAAGAGCCUACAGCAGAGCUACAGACAACCGGUGCCGACAGUCAUGGCCAAGACCUUCAUGUCUCCAGGUGGCCCCAAGUUUACCUCCACUCUCAUGACCCUGACACGAAUGGCACUCCAUGCUUCCAUCGCUAAAAGAGCCCCAAGUUGUACGCUCCUUAACAUGCCGAGUCACAGCCGUAGUCCACAGCAGAACUUGCAGACCUUCCGGACAAUCCAGGCCUUCAAGGUUAAGCACAGCCAGAACUACAUUACCAAGCAGGAGGUCCGUCAGAGCACGCUACUCAACAUGAAGAACAAGGCAAGGGAGCUCAGUGGCCAGUACCGCAGGCUGUGCAAGGAAGGGGAGAAGGCAGCAGUGGAGAUGAGUUCAGCGCUGAGCAACGACGAGAGGCUCACCCAGAACCAGAGGGACGUGUAUGCCUCGGCUUCCCUAGCAACGGUGCAGAAAGCUGUUUUGACUGACAUCACCCAAAUGAACAAUGAAAUGAAGAAGCUCUGGAGUCCAGUGGACCGCUUCCAGCAAGUUGAAGGCUCAGCGUGGGAAGUGCUGCGUCCACUGCUCGACGGCUCCGCUUUCCUCUCCCACAUCGAUGGCUCAGUGUACUCGCCACAAGUCCCAGAAAUGGUGUACAAGACUCACGCCAGCACAGUAAACAAGCUAAAGCUUGAAGGCUUGUACCGUGAUGGGAAGCUGGACCUGCUGAGUCUGGUGCAGUACUCCAACCUGGCCUUGACGGUGCUGCUGGACUCCCUCCGCAGCACCCACAGCCUCACCCAGACAGUGUCUUCAGAAAAACUGCAAGCCCAGUCAGGGCAAGUGACGAGUGUUGGCGAAACUGUGAACCAGCUCAGCGACAAACUGAUGUCCCUGCUGCCAACGCUCAGCCACUCCGCCUCGGCCAGCUACCCCAGAAGCAUGGCUGACUUCCCUUCUUCAGAGAGACUUGCAUUGGCAGAAAAGUCACAUCUGUGCCCACCAACACCGCCAUUCACUCUGUCCAGCCAGCCGGUGCACUCCUUAAGGACAGCCCACGUCCCACUGCAGCUUACUCCAGGUGUCCAACAGUCCUCUCAAAGCCUGGCAGGGGAUGGUUUCAGUGUGACGCCCCGGAGGCUCCUGUGUGGCAUGGGCAUGAUCCGGGCCAGCAAGAAGUCCCCCAAACCAGACGUCACGUGUUCUUCUGUCACUUGCAAGGAUGACUUUACAAACACUGGUGAAGGCGCCAAAGACAGCAUACCCGAGGGCGGCCUGAGCAUAGAAAUGUUGACUGUUGACGUGCGGGGGAAGUACCUGAGGAAGAAAGAGGAAGCCUUGCGUGUGGAGGAUCACAGACCACAUCAAACACACAGAGGUUUGGGACGUUCACUACCGAAGGAUGUUACUAAUAAAAGACGAGGAAAACCAGCCAAGGCACUCCUCAGCAAAGUACCCAUUAAGUCAUCAAGCAAACCAGCACAGCCGAGGGUGAAGAAAGUGAAUGGUGCAGAGGAGAAAAAAGACAACUUGAAGUACAAUGUUGGUCCAGAGGAAUGUGUGGAGGAUCUCUUGAUUGAUGAGCUGGCUAAUGAUAUUGCACAAGAGAUAAACGAGUGUGAGAACGAUAGUGGCACCACGGAGUCACACAACACACAAACACUGAAUGAAACACCCUGGAAAACUACUAUAUUAUUAGAUUCAGGAUGUGCAGAAAUGUCCAAAGAUUCCGACACACUGCUGGAGGCAAUAUCAGACAUGAAUAUUGUCAAGAAGUCUGAACGAUCAUAUGGAAGCCAAGACAGCACUCCUCACAAAGAUUUUCAUAUGCAAAAUGGAAAGUACGCCAUUCAGUCACAGAACAGGAGUGUAAAAACUUCCACACUGCUUGAGGAGAUGCUGACUAGGCUGAACACCCCAGUGCUAGGAAGACCCGGCCACCAAGUCGGUGUGUUCCGUGGGACAGCGGGCGAGGCUUCACUUGUCGAUAACCAAAAUUCUCCGUUGAUGUCACAGGAGCGAAACGGAUCCCUUGGUGAACGUGACGGGAGGUGGAAAGAUUCGAUCCCGGGUCUCCAAAGGAAGCUCCAUUUUGUCACUCAGACGCCACCAACCACAAACACUCGGUCACCUCUGGGGCUCCGAAUACCUGACAAGUUUGAUGGGGUUGAUACGUCUCCGGGAAGUAACCUUUUCUCCUCAAGGUUACCUGCUGAGAGUUUUUAUAAGGAGAACAACACCAUCACUGAACUCAGAAAUCACUCGAAGGCAAGGUUAGAUUUCUUGCUUGAACUGCAGCAGUCUUCUGAGAAAGGUGAUUCAAUGUCCCAAAAGGAAAAUGCAAAAGGCACCAAAUCAAAACCAAACUUCCUUUCCUAUGUUGAAAAACUGAAAAGCUCUCAGCCAUCACUUGCCCCAGAAAGUGACAACAUCAAAACAGAGGAAAUCAAGUGUCAUAAAACCUCUGUCACCACAAGCUAUGAAAGCACCACCACAGACCUGAGUGUUGGUGACUGGCUGAGCAAAGAUGUAAGCAAGGAAUAUUACAGCAACUUUGCCAGGAUGCAGAAUUUACUCUGUCUGGAUGAAGAUGCCACACUCAUUGACACCAACACACAGGAGUUCCAAGACAGCCCUGAGCGUGAUGAGGUGUUCGUCAGUGCCAAGUAUAUGAGCCACAAGUUUGAGGCUCAGACACAGUCCGUGUCGUCCCUCCUGCCUGAGACUUCAGUGUUUGACACCCUCACAGAUUCCAUUUUGGGUGGAGAACUGGACGUAUCACUUCUUGCCAACAAAAAUGUUGGUGAACAAAUACGAAGAGAAAGUGUUUCUUCUCGCCGACAAUCAAUUUCCAACAUGAGAAGGCUGAGCCUGGAGUCCAACAAGCAGUUGUUUGAGUCACCAAUGUUUGAACCUGAUGACUUUGUUUGCAUUCAUGAUGAAAGUGAUUCCUGUCUUCUGUCAACUUCUUCAGAAAUGUGAUGGCAGCACUCGGGAAAAGGAUCUCCCGUGUUCUGAGGGAUGAUUCUCCUGUCAGUGCUCCACGCUGCGUUGUGGGCAAAGUAGUAUCUGUGAUAUUAUAUGAACUUACUCAAACACCAUCACUUGUACAGUCAGGUCCAUUGAAAUAUUGUUUCUAUUUAUAUAAAAGACCAGAUAUGAAAUUUUGUAUACAUGUGAGACUUGGAGCUAAAACUUUUUCACAAAUUUCUUAUAUAUUUCGUUUGGUGCAUUUAUGAGUAUAACCAGCAUGUGUUUAGAGUUAAAUAUUUUUUGUUUUUUGUUCGAGACAUUAUGAA